UAUUCAAAUGUAAACAUUUGAGGCGCGCAAUGAUCGGAUCGGAUAUAGUUUAUAGCUUCUUAUGAGGACAAAUAACCUUAAUGCAUACAAAAUAGUGUUAGUAACACAAAUAGCUUCAACUCUGACGCGUAUGUGCAGUUCUUAGGCGAGUUUAUGUAGCAAAGUGUUAGCUAAAGUCGAGAUUCUAGCGUACCAGUUCGCUUUUUUGCUAGUCGUGUUCGCACGUUUUUGUUGUUGUUACACCGCUUGUUAGCUAACUAGCUAGCGACAAUGUUGGGUAAGCUUUAAUAAGUUUUUAGCUUUCAGGUUGAUUACAUUUCUGCAGUUUGCAGAACUUUUAAAUUAGCACAUCGUAAAUUGAGGCACUCAACCAGGUAGUUAGUUGACGUCCGGGAAUUGCUUAGGUGUUAUAUACGGUGGCACGGGUAGUUAGCGUUUGAGCAACCGGUUAUGGCGGAAUUCCUUGUAGACCCGUCAGUUCUCACGAAAGAGAAACUCAAAAGUGAGUUGCUAGCUAAUGAUGUCACUCUCCCAAGUGGAGAACAGAAGAAAGAGGUGUACGUUCAAUUAUAUUUGAAGAACCUGACUGUCCUAAACAAGAAGACUCCUCCCCAAGACACUUUUUCUAGUGAUGAUGAACUGCCGACUCCCGUGGUCUCCAAUCGGACUCGGUCCUCGGGAAGGAAAGCUUCCAGAAAGACAGACAAACUUCAAACAGAUGAGGUUGACAUUUCAGUCCUCUCUGAUGAAGAUCUGAAGGACCAGUUACUUAAACAUGGAAUUGAUGCAGGUCCCAUCGUAGCCUCAACCCGCAGACUUUAUGAGAAAAAGCUAGAGACAGUUCUAGAUGGAACUGCGAACGCCACAUCAGGUCCUCCAGAGCCUACCACCUUGAAGGCUGAUGGCAGUCAGAAUGGAAACACAAACUCUGUGCAAGAUCACUACAGUGAUAAGGAGGAAGAGGAAUCAUCCCCGCCGGAGCCAGCCCCUGUUGUUAGCAAGCCGGUCAGGAGCCGUAGCAAGACUCCAGUUACAGUGAGGACCAGUAGCAGACGGCAAAAUAAGGUGGAGGAAAAGGUACCAGCUGCAGAUGAGACGGCAGUGAUUGAGGAAGAUGUUUUAAAGGAAAUGUUCCCUGGUCAGACUGCCACUCCUACAGGAAUCAGUGCCACUUGUCGAAGGCCAAUUCACGGAGCAGCAGGAAGGCCGGUAAAGCCCUUAAACCUCUGGAGAGAAGAAACCCUCCAGCAUCAUGGCACUUACACAGAAACCAGCUCCAUCCUGCAGGGCCACUCCGCCGUCGAAGCUCCCCCCUCUCAGGGCUCCCGUGUGGGCCGCUGCCUCUCACUGCUCCUGAGGCUGCUGGUUCUCCUCACCGUGAUUGCAGCCGUCUACUACACCUACCAGAAUGUGGACAGUGAGCACAUCAACUACGUCCGCAGCCUGGUAGACAGCACCGGCAUCCCCGCCCUGCUCACUGGAGGUGAGAGUUCAGCAGACCAGAGCAGCGAAUGACUGCUGCCCGUACCUCACCCAGCCAUGGGCUCCACCUCAAACUGCCCCUCAUGAUAUUAUUAAUGGGUUGUCUCUCCCCAGCAGUCGGCAGCUCACCUGAAUGGUAACAACAGCCUCGGUUAAGUCUUUGACAAAGUAGUUUUUAACCAUCAUGUGUGCAGAUUUUCGUUUAACUUGGUUUGAACUGUUUUCUUAGCUUUUUUCUAAAACAGGUAAUUAUGCAUGGUUGGUCUAUGUAUUUGUGACUGUCAGUCAUGUCUUUAGCACUUCAGAGUAAUCUUUAAAAUAGAAAGCUGUUGAAGACCUUUGCAUGACCUUUGUUGUUAACUAAGGGCUUACACAUACAUUUGUUUUUAGUUUUUACAUAUUGUGCUUUCAGUGUCGUAUUUUUAAGUGUUGACAACUGAUGAAUUUGACCCAACAAGUUUAUUUAAGAUAACCUGAUGCCUCUGCCACAACAACAUCGGUCAUGUUAGUUAAAACCAAAUAUAUAUAUAAACCAAACAUGAGGAUCAUGACAUUUGACAACAUUAUUUUCUUUUUUUCCUCAAAGACAUCAAAUUAAAGAAAAAUUCUGAUAAAUACAGCACCUCUAAUACCACCCUACUAUUCAACUACUUUAUGCUUUUCUCCAAUAACAACAAUGAUUUGGGGGGUGUUUAUUUUACUUGGUAGUUUUCCCCACACUUACCGAGUUGCAAUAACUGCUCACAGAGUAGCAGCACUAGCACGGUAAUGAUAUUGACUCCAUCUAUACGUCUGGAAUUGAUGCUACCAAAGUUUACGCUGUCUCUACAUUUAAAUCCGUGUUAUUGGGGCUUUGCCACGGUUUCUGAAAUGGUUACCAGGCACGUUCUGUAAUUUUAGCCACUAAUGAAUGCACUGGCCAUUUAUUUUUAAGUCUUACAGAGUGGAAUCUGAAAAGCUGAAUUACUGGUAGUCAUGUUGAAUGUGUCAACUUGUAUGAAUUUAGUGUUUUCUCCUUUUUAUGUCGGCAUAUGUCAGCAACAAUGACAUGAUGGUAAAUAAAAUGUGUGCUUCUUCAGUUUUUUGUUACUGAAAGCACAUCUAACAUCCUACUUACACAUUUCCAUGCAAUGCACAAACAAUCACAAUUAAAUUAUCUGAAAAUAAUCCUUACAAUUAAAGAAGAAUAUUGCAGCUUGUCCAACAUCAUGGUUGCCAGUGUGUGCAAAAUAAUUUGGGGGAGAGUACUAGCCUGCAAUCUACUGUAUCUUCUAGUGUGCUUUAACUAUACAAAUAUUUUUUAGAUAAUCCUUCAAUUUGAAUGUGGCUUGAAAAUGACUUUAGGGCAUACAUUUAACUGUUGUGAUGGGUCAGAUUUAUUCAGCUGAUUGAAAAAGUCUGUCCUUGCCCCAUGUAGCUUAAGGUAUUUGUGAGGGGCAUUUCAGUAGUCUUCAUUUAGGGUAAAUCAAUGGCUGUUAAAUAAAACGGCCAACCGUGAUGUUAGCCAACUAGACAUUUGGCAGGAAUUAACAAAGAUCAUUUGUAAACAUGUUUUAGGUAACUCCUUUUGUGUUUACGUAGUUCAAUUGAACACAGAUUUAAAGGAAAGCACAGUGAUGGAGGUAAUAUGUUUGUUAGGCAACAGACUGCACUGAUCACGUCUUGUUUGAGUUUUACUGUUUGUGAUGUAGCAUUUUUAUUUUCUGUGAACCAAAAUGUACUACUGUAAAUACAUGUACCUGUAGCCCAGUUGACCACUCUGGCCGAAUCAUUUUUCUUCUUGCUUUUCUACUGAACAUCUGAUUGUGGACUUUACCACCUGAAUCCAAGUCAAAAUGACUUAACAUGAAGAAUCUUGUGUAAUACAGAUGGCAUGUUUGUACUGUUUUGGUAGCUGUGAAUUGUCUUUGGUUUUAUAUUUUUGUAAGUGGCUUGAGCAAAACUACUGACUUUUUAAAACAAAUGUAUCCAUUAUUUGUAGUCAAUGCAGAAAUUACACAAGCAGUGUCUUCAACAGCAUCUUUGUAGUUUUAAUUUUGGAAUUGACCAUUGUUGGAGGUUGUUAUAUAAUUUGUUUUCUGUGUGGGUGCGCACAUGUAAAUGUCAGCCUAAUAAAAACUAAACAUCA